GUUCCUCUGCAUGAGCUGCAGAGUCUUUCUCUUUUCUUUUGAGGAGCCAUCUUAACCCCCCUGUCAUGUUCGUCUCUCUCCCCUUACUUUGGUGUUCCUGGUCAAAUGUGACCGGUGUGUUUUGACUGCUUUUACAUUAACCCUCUGGAGCCGGUGGUGCCAAGUGCACAUUUAUUUACGUAUUUAAUCAUAGAUUUUCGCUUGUAAGGAGUAGAAAUAUGAUUCAGAUAUCUGCGGAAUCGCUAGAAUCGUAGCUUUUCAAGAGUAUCUCCUGUGAGAUUGUACCCAGGGCACAGUAGCCAAUAUUGCCGCUCAAAGCAGCUUGAUUACACUGUGAUUGGUGGAUUUGUGUGUCAGUCAAGGACAUCUCGGCCGGCCGGCAGCCGUCGGUCUGAAACGACCAAUGGACACUCGAGAAAUCUAAGGACCUACCCACCAAUAAAACAACAUAUAACAGGUGUCUCCCAUCAGUUUCAGUCUUUUAGUCUGUGAAGAAGAUAGAGAAAAUGGCUCGAAGGAACUUUACCGUUGCGGACGCGCUGGAUUUUAUUUUCGCGAGCGGCAGUGACGAAGAUGGCUCAUCAGAACCUGAAGGCUUCGACUCUUCUGAAGAAGAAGAAUACAGGGACAGCAGGGAUCCAUUUGAGGAUGGCUGUGCCUGCCACCAUGUUGAGAUCUACCGUGGAUCAAGGGCCUUCACCACUGCCAUCCCCACCAAGGACUAGCGGACCAGCAUCACGACAGCUGCCUCCAUCUCUGCCUGCGACGAGGUCAAGAUACACCUCAGCUCCACCACAGCCACAGCCAUCACCAUCAACCCGGACAGCAAAGAGGUCUCGUAGAGCACACGUACUUCCCACACAGCCACCAGCUGCCCAUGCACCAUCACCCCCACCUGCACAGCAGCCAGCUCCACUGUCUUGGAAGACAGGCGAAGACCCUGACACUGCUCCCCCUGUCUCCAGGUUUCAACCUGCUCGCACACCCGGGCCACAGCUCAGUUCAACAGUAUCAAACAAACCCCUUGACCUGUUCAAGCUGUUCUUCAGUGCACUAACAGUACAGACACUCUGUACCAACACAAACAAGCGGGCUGCACAGGAGAUGGGAAAGGGUAAAACCUACAAAUGGACUGACUUGACUGUAGAGGAUUUCUAUAAAUACAUGGGGCUGCUGAAACUGGACAAUGUAUUGGACUACUGGAGGAAGGAUCAUUUUGUCAGUGUAUAAUGAAUAGUUGGUUGAAGGAAAAAAAGUUCUGAUGUUCAAUAUUGUAAAUAGUGAGAUUUUGCAGUUAUAUUUAUAUACAUUGUUGGUAUUAUAAUAAAUUGUUGGUUGAAAAAAAAAGUUCUAAUGCUCAAUUCUUUU